UAGGAAGUAAGUAGGUAAAACUGUUGUUCAGAGAGAGUUACUCGUCACCAAGACAGAAUGGUUCAUUCCUGGUUCUGUGUUCUACUCUUACUGAAUACCCUCAUCUACUGUGGUCACUCUCAAGAUCUGCCCAGGGCCUCAGUGAAGAUAGUCUCGCCUCAGGAGCCACUGUACACAGGAGACAGAGUCACUCUACAGUGUUACAUACCAGAAUACACAGACUGGACUUAUGUCUGGUACAAAGAUAAUGAACUCCUUCCCAUUGAGACCAGUAAAACCACCACCAUCUCUCUCCCUAACAAUGCUGGUCAGUACCAGUGUCAGGGGAAGAGGACAGAUCAGCCCCAGUCAUCAUAUAUGAGUCCUAAUCACCCCAUCAGUGUUACUGCUCUUCCAACAGCCUCAGUGAGUGUCUCUCCUCAAGGUCUCCUCUACUCUGGAGAGACUGUUACUCUGCAGUGUGACAUAUCAGACUACACAGACUGGACAUACUGGUGGUACAGAAAUGAACUACAGAGUCCUUGUUCAGCUUCUAAAACCAUCACCAGUCUGUCUGACCAGGCGAGUCAGUACCAGUGUCAGGGGAGAAGAACAGAUCGUCCCCAGUCGUCACAACGCAGUGAUUACCUCAACAUCAGUAUCACUGGUGAGUUCACUAUUAGUAUUUCUAGGUUGUGA